AUGGGCAAAGUGACAGAAUGUGUUCAUAUUGGUGAUUCUGGCGCUGAAUUUUCGACUCCAGGAAAGGUCAGACCAAAACCCAAGACUGUCCGAAAUGUCGAUGAAGUCGUCGCGGAGCAAAUUCGAUCUAUCAUUUACGAAUUUGCAGAGAAGCGAUUGCAUCUAACAGCUCAAAUCCUGUUCAACACAAUAAGAGAACGCAAGGUCGCUUUCAAUGGUUGUAUCACUACCUUGAAGAAAGUUCUUCAUGAUUUGGGUUUCGACUAUGAGUUGAGAGAUGGUACACGAUUUCUUCGAGAAAAACCGUAUAUUCGCGCGAAGAGGAUUGCGUUCUUGAAGAAGAUGAAGCAGCUGAUAGAUGAGGGCAAGUGUAUCAUCUAUCUGGACGAAACUUGGACCUACCGACGAGGUACUGGAAAAACGAAAGAAUGGCAAGAUGAUGAUCCCCGUAGUUGUUCAAUGAAAUCGGCUUCUACUGGAGAUCGAUACAUCGUUUGUCACGCCGGCGGCAAGGAUGGAUUUGUUCCUAAUGCAUCGCUUUUCGUCCGUACGGUACCCAAUCCCAAGAAAACAGAUGAUUAUCACGGGGAUAUGAACGGACCUAUGUUCAAGAAGUGGUUCACUGAAAAACUGCUCCCCAAUCUUGACAAACCCUCCGUGAUUGUCAUGGAUAAUGCCUCCUAUCAUUCAGUCCGCGUUGUAAAACAGCCUACAUCCAGCUGGAGAAAAGCUGAAAUGCAGGCCUGGCUUGAUGAUCACAAAGUAGCGUAUGAUUCAGAUGCAACUAAGAAGGAAUUGUACGUUCUGUGCCAAGUUCAUAAAGAACCGAUCCGAUUUGAACUGGAUGAAUUCGUUCGUGAAGAGACUGAGCAUGAAGUCGUGCGCUUGCCACCAUAUCACUCUUUCUACAAUCCCAUUGAGAUGAUUUGGUCGCAAGCCAAACGAUACUAUGAUGCUCAUGUUGGUCGCAACAAUGACUUCUCCCUUGCUCAGACUGAUGAGAUCUGGGCUGAAGCGUUGGAAUCAGCAGCUACAGGCUGGAGAAAGUGCUGUGAGCUUACGGAGAAACGGAUUCUUCAAGAUUACAGGAGGGAAGUCAGUGAUGAUUCAGAGGAUAGUUAUCAGAUCCACAUAAUCUGCGAUGAGGAGGAUGACGAGAAGGAUUUCGAUCUGACAAACGUAGAGAUUUUGCAGUUUAAGGAAGAGGAUUCAGCCCAAGAAUCAUGCUUCUCGACUGUAACUCCAACAGAGUUCACGAAACCAUCGAGUGUGCGUCGAUCUCUAUUAGACAUGUUCGAGUCCCAAAUGGAGAUUGGAGAUUCAGAGGAUUCUGAACUGAUUGAGCCUUCCGCAGACCUCGAACCACCAUUGAAGAUGGCCAAGGUCGAGGCCACCAUUCUGGAUGUAAACGAUCAGGGACCAGUGACAUCUCUUCCUACACAACCUGAUUCGUCCUCCCAGACUGUACUCUAUCCUUCACCAGAGACUCAAUCGUGCUUUUUGCUUGAGACUCCACAGUUCUCAUUGCCUGAUACUCCACCAUCUUCAUCGGCUGAAACUCCACCACCUUCAUCCACCGAAACUCCAUCAUCUUCAUCUCCUGAAAGUCAGUUAUCUUCAUCGACUGACGUUCCUCCCAGUCUUUCUCUUGUUGAAACAUGGUUACAACGUAGUGACGAGACGGUCAUUUCGAACGAUGGUGAAGUGGUACGAGUAACAGACUUGAAGAGAUUAUUGCCGGGAUCAUGGUUGAACGAUGUUGUCAUAAACAAGUACUUGAGUCUUCUGGCAAAAAGAAGCGAAGGUGCUGUUCAUGUUCUCAACACGUUCUUCUAUCAGAAUCUUCUUCGUUCAUACGAUAAUGUUUCUCGAUGGACGAAAAAGGUUGACAUAUUUUCCAAAAAAAUGUUACUCAUACCAAUCCAUUCGGGUAAUCAUUGGUGUCUGUGUGUGGUCUAUGUCAAAGAGAAGUCCAUUCAAUUGUAUGACAGUCUCGCUCAGACUUCCACAAACCACACGCAAGUUAUGGACACAAUUCUCUCCUAUCUCGACAAUGAGCAUCGGCACAGAAAAGGUCAAUCAUUGGAUUCUGCGAGAUGGACCACUGAACAAGUCAAUGAUAUUCCUCAUCAAAACAAUGAUAAUGACUGUGGAGUAUUCGUUUGCGUGUAUGCUGAAUAUCUGACGAGGCAUGCCAGCUUCUUGUUCACAGCAAACGAUAUGCCGCACAUCAGACGCAGGAUGAUGGAGGAAAUUGUUUCGUCUGAGUUGUCUUGUACUUCACCGAUGCCAUCGUGUGGAGAAUCUCAACAUUUAGAACAGCCAAUUACAGAACCUGAAUCAACAUUGAUACAAGAUCACCGUUCAUUCUGGAUGAGGAAGGACAAAGUGAUCGAGAUUUCCACUAAAAUCGAUCGCGUUCUCCUCCAUGAAUCGGCGAGGUUCCAUCAGGGAGAUAAGCGCUUCCCACCAGAAAGAGCAAAUUGCCAAUGCACUGCCAAUUCCAUCUGCAGCAUCGUUGCAUUGCUCCUCUCCGAUGGGAAGGUCACUCGAGAUCUUCUUGACAGAGUGUUGGUAGAUGGUGACAAAUAUUACGCUGAUAGUGUAUCUCACAAGGACCCAGGAUAUACCCACUUGUCUCCAGAGGAUCUUCUCACGUCGAUCAUCGCUUGUGGUCAUUCGGUUACAAUCGAGCCUCGGUCGGAAACUUAUGGGCUGUUUUCAUCGGGAACUGCUGUGAAGGACAUCACAGUAGCGAUCAACUCGAUGGGAGAUCUACAUGCAUCAUCCUUGGAGCAUACAGGAUUUUUGUAUAUAGCUGACUCCAAAACCGUUGCAUUCCUCAUCUCUCCAGUGAUCUCGGAAUCAUUACGACGUGUAUAUUACAUGUUCAAUCCACACUCGGUUGACAACAGCAAUUGUCAUCCCCUGAGUAGUCGAAGCAGAGGUGUUGCUCGUCUGUUUCGAUGCUUGUCGACAGAUGCCCUAGCUCGACUGUUGGUAGUUGAUCGUCGUGGAGGUAAUCGUGGAGCUUGGCAGAUAUACUCCAUUAAGAUCACUGAGUUCUCCAAGUGACUAUCUGGCACUCCAACCGUUAGCACGAAAUUGGCUGAUCUUGAGAACGAACGAAGUAGAAUCAUUAAAAAGUUAAGUUGUGGUUUCCAUUUUAUUCCUAGUCUUGAUAAAUCGACAAUAAACAGAAUUUUUCUAAUCAGCUAAUUUUGUCAAAAAUUGAUUUCAGCCAUACGACUCGAACGACUGCGUCGGAAAUGGAAUGGAAGAAAUCCUGUCUUAAGUUAAGUUUUCAUUUUUUCAAUCAUGCUCUUACUUUUCCUCAUAUUGUUGUUUUUAACAGUUUAUUAAUGUUUGAUUUUUUCAAAUUCUUUCAGCUUUCUCGAGCACCAGGCAAAAGAAAUUUCAAAUGGAAUACCUUAAACCUAUUCGUGUACAGCUUGUAGAUUAGAUUUUAGUUUGACUUUCUUCUGUAAUUCAUUCGAACCUAUAGAGCUUAUUUUGUCGGUUCCCUACUGGAGUAAUGUUUGUAUAUUUUGAUAAUUAAGUACUAUGGAUAAGAUUUAAUGAAUUGUAAUUUAUAUAAGUACAAGUGAAGUUAUUGUAAUUUUCUAAAAAGCAUAUAAAUUAUUGUUAUUUCAAGUUAAUGUAAAAUACGAAAAAAGUGUGAUAAAAUCGACGUAUAAAUAUAAAAUUUGUUUUUUGGAGGAUCAUUGAAAAUGAAUUUGAUCUUUCUGUUAUUUGAUAUGAAACGUUGAAACGAAAUGUACAAAUUAUUUUUCACCUAGUUUAUAGUUUUUUCUAUCCCCUUUGUUCUUCCAUUCCAAUUUUCGAGCCUUGUGUCUGAUAGUCAUUAUUGUCAUUUUCAAAAAAAUUCGAAAACGCAGCUUUGCGUGGUUUCUGUCGGUGUGUAGCAUGUAAUAAACUUAUUAUUCAAUCAUUUCAUAA